AUGGCGGCGGCCGCCCCGCCGGUGCGGGCAGCGCCCGAUGUCGGUGUCGUGGCAGCGAUGGCGGCUCGCGGUGCCGAGGCCGAGGCGCUGUUCGAGGCCCAUACAGCGGCCGAGCUACGGGCGGUGGAGCGGCGGCUGCGCGCCAGCAUCGAGCAGAAACGAGAGGAGCUGCGGCAGAUGGUGGGCGAGCGCUAUCGCGACCUGAUCGAGGCGGCCGACACCAUCGCCGAGAUGCGGCGGAGCGCCGAGCGCCUGCUGGGCGCCGUGCGGGGCCUGCAGCGCGGCGGCGGCGGCGGCACAGCCCGGCCCGGCCCGGCCGGCACGGUUCGCCCACCAGCCCAGCAGAGUUUUUACGGGGCUGCGGCGCAGCUGAAGCUGCUGCUGGAGGUUCCCGAGCAGGUUUGGGGGGCGGUGGAGGGGGGCCGGUACCUGCCCGCGGCCCGGCUCCACCUGCUCGGGGCUCACCUGCGCCGGCAGCUCCAGCUCGACACCCCCCGAGCCCGCUCCAGCCCCAUCCUCGCUCGCUUCCCCAUCCUGCUGCGACAAGUGGCGGCUGCCAGCCACCUCAGAUCCACCAUCCUGCAGGAGAGCAAGGCCCUGCUGCGCUGCCGGACGGGCUCGGACCAGGCGGUGGCAGAAGCCCUGUGUGCCAUCAUGCUGCUGGAGGACAGCUCCCCACGCCAGGCCCUGGCUGAUUUCCUGCUGGCCAGGAAAAUGGCCAUCCAGCAGCUGCUCAACCAGCCACACCACGGUGCAGGUAUCAAAGCUCAGGUGUGUUCCCUGAUGGAGCUGCUCACCACCACACUGUACCAGGCCCACGCUCUCUUCUACACCGUGCCUGAGGGGAUGGCCCCAGACCCAGCCCUGCCCUGUGGAUUGCUCUUCUCCACCCUGGAGAGCACCACGGGCCAGAAUCCUGCAGGCAGAGGAGGAGUGCUGGAGGAGGAUCUGAAGCUGAGCAGCUGGUUCAAGUACCUGCCUGAGUCCGUGGUGGAAUUCCAGCCAGCCCUGCGGACCCUGGCACACCCCAUCAGCCAGGAGUACCUCAGGGAGACCCUGCAGCAGUGGAUCAACAUGUGCAGUGAUGACAUCAGGACGGGGGUCAGGACCCUGCUGGUGUUCGUGAAGAGCAUGAAGGGGCUGGCAGGGAUCCGUGAUGCCGUGUGGGAGCUGCUGUCCAGCGAGUCCAGCAGCCACAACUGGGAGGCCGUGUGCCGGCGCCUGCUCGACAGACCUGUGUCCUUCUGGGAGGAGCUGCUGCAGCAGCUCUUCCUGGACAGGCUGCAGACUCUGACCAAAGAAGGCUUCGACUCCAUUUCAAGCAGCUCCAAGCAGCUGCUGGCUGUAGCCUUGCAGGAAUUGGAAGUGAAAGGCAGCAGUGGUGCCCUGAGCAAGCAGAUCCAGCUGGAACACAACGUGGCCCUGUUCCUGUGGUCAGAGAGCCCCGGGGACCUGCCCGGGGACGCAGCGUGGGUCAGCGUGGGCCAGCGCGGGCCCUUCACCCGCAGCGGGCUGGCCAUGAAGGCACAGGCACUCACCCCCUGUGUGCAGAGCUUCUGCUCCACACUGGACUCCAAGCUGAAGGCCAGGCUGGAGGAUGUCCUGUCCUACCUCCCCAAGGAUGGCUCUGUCCCCAAGGAGCCACCACGCUCUGCCUUCGACCGCUUCUCCGACGCGGGCACCGUGCAGGGGCUGCUCCGUGAGCGCUGUGUCAGCUGCACCCAGCACCUCCUGGGCUGUGUCCAGGAGCAGCUCCUGAGUGCCCAGAGCCAGCUGCACGCCCCUGGGGAUGCCAAGCUCAACGCUGUGCUCUUCAUGGCCAGGCUGUGCCAGGCCCUGCCCGAGCUGUGCCCUCACCUGCAGCGCUGUGUGCUGGGCCAGGCGGAGCCGGCGCCCAAGGAACCGCGCUCUGCCAAGAAGUUGGGCAAGGGCAAAGCCCAGGAGGUGUCCCCCGAGCUGGCCAAGUGGCAGGAGGUGAAGGCAGAGCUCCUGCAGCAGAGCCUGUUGGCUUAUCAGCUCUGGAGCUCGGCUGUCACCAAAGGUCUGGUUGAGAGCUUCACCCACAAAUUGCUGCUCGACACAGCUGGGUCUGUGCUGGCCACAGCCACCAACUGGGAUGAGAUUGAAAUCCAGGAGGAAACCGAGUCUGGGAGCAGUGUGACAUCAAAGAUCCGGCUGCCUGUGCAGCCCUCGUGGCACGUGCAGUGCCUCCUGUUCAGCCUGUGCCAGGAGCUGAACAGGGUCGGUGGUCACACCCUGCCCAAGGUCACCCUGCAGGAGCUGCUGAGGAGCUGCAUGGCAGAGGUGCUCGCUGCCUAUGAGAAACUGGUGGAGCAGAAGCAGGAGAAGAGGCCAGACAGCUUCCCCCUGACCCAGAGCAGGGCUCUGCAGCUACUCUACGACCUGAGGUACCUCAGCAUCAUCCUGACAGCCAAGAGUGAGGACACAAAACCCAGCAGGAUCAAGCAGGACUCCGGGAUUGAGAAGGUCAUCGACUUCCUGGAGGGACACAUCGAUCCCUUCGACCUGGAUGUGUUCACCCCACACCUGAACAGCAACCUGAACCGCCUGGUGCAGAGAACCUCGGUUCUCUUUGGCCUGCUGACUGGGACAGAACACCAGUACACGAGCAGGGGCAGUGCACCAAGCUCACAGGAGCUCCACAACAUCCUGCCCUUAGCAUCCAGCCAGAUCAGGUUUGGACUUCUGCCACUGAGCAUGUCGAGCUCACGGAAGAGCAAAGUCACUGCCACGAGCACAGAAAGAGUCCAGGGCCAGGCUGCAGCUGCUGUGCUGCCCAGAGAGGACGAGGUGGCACGGCCAGGCUCCCUGUUCCGACAGCUCAUCACCGACGACGAGGACGCGGCGGCACCGUCGCUCUUCAAGCUGGGCUGGCUCUCGGGCAUGACCAAGUGAGGCAGCAAACAAUAAAACUGCUCUGCUGUUUGUCUUCAC